GCUUCAGGAAGGAACCAGAGCUCCGGUGGAAGUAGCCUGCUAGCCAUGUCAUCCGCGGAGGAGGCUGCAAACGAGUCAGGAGAAGUCAAAGAAGACAAGGAGUUUGAUGUAGAGGCGGAGGACAGUCUCCAGAACGACUACGGCGUCGACCCGACUCGAUACAUCUUUUACAGGGACAGGAAAGAGUGGGCGGACCUGGAGCCCGUUCCACAGGACGAUGGACCGAAUCCUGUCGUGAAGAUCGCCUACUCAGAAAAGUUCUCCGAUGUUUAUGACUACUUCCGUGCUCUCCUGAAGAACGACGAAAGAAGCGACCGAGCUUUUGCCUUGACGGCAGAUGCCAUCGACCUUAAUGCUGCAAACUACACAGUUUGGCACUACCGGCGAGUCCUGCUGCAAGCCCUGUCGAAGGACCUGAGGGAGGAGAUGAGGUACAUUACCGCCAUCAUUGAGGAGCAGCCCAAAAACUACCAAGUGUGGCAUCACAGACGUAUGGUGGUGGAGUGGCUGAACGACCCCUCGGAGGAGCUGGAGUUCAUCGCCGACAUCCUCAGCCAGGAUGCCAAGAACUACCACGCCUGGCAGCACAGACAGUGGGUCAUCCAGGAGUACAAACUGUGGGACGGAGAGCUGGAGUUUGUGCAAAGUCUUUUAGAAGAAGACGUGAGGAACAACUCGGCGUGGAAUCAGAGGCAUUUUGUGAUUUCUCACACCACAGGCUUCUCUGACCCCGCCGUGGUGGAGAGAGAGAUUCAGUAUUGUCUGAGCCAGAUCAAGAAGGCUCCUCACAACGAAAGCGCCUGGAAUUAUUUGAAAGGGAUGCUGCAGGACAGAGGCUUGUCGUCCCAGCCGGGCCUGCUGCAGAGCAUCCUGCAGCUGAAGGAGACUCACUGCUCGCCGUACCUUCUGGCUUUCCUGUUCGAUUGCUACGAGGACGCUCUGGAGAACGGCGUCCAGAGCGCCGACGGCGAGGGCGAGGAGCAGAAGGAAACCCUCAGAAAGGCUCUAGAAAUUUGCAAACUUCUGGCGGAGGAGAAGGACACCAUUCGGAAGGAGUACUGGCAGUUUUUGGGACGUUCUUUAAAGAGCAAGUUCGGAGACGGCGGUCCGUCUGAAGAACCGGAGGCAGAAAGUCCGCAGGAACCGGCGCCGGCAUCAGAACCGCAGGAGGUCAGCUAGACCGCCAAGACUCGGAACGCUCCCCGUCAGCAGGGGGCGCCGGCGGAGAGUCAUUACUGUGUUAUAAUGUAUAUCAGUUGAUGUUUGGAGGAAUAACUGACGUGUCUCUCACCAAGUCCGUGCAAGUUUGUUCCAGAAACUACAGAGAGCUGUGGCAGCCUGAAUAACCACUGCAGCUGUGUUACACAUCUGGAUCACUCCCGCUCCAUUAAAAAUCUUUUUUUUUUUUACCCUCUCAGCGUCUGUCACGUUUACUGGCCCACCUCUCUGACUGUGUUCGCACUUCGCGCGCCGACUUCAGUCCUGGUGAGGUCGAGAUCUGCUCAGAGGAAACCGAGAAUCCCGCUCUCUGCUCAGGUUUCAUGAUUGAGCGUCCGCUUCAGGUCAUCAAUUCUGCCAGUCAGCAGUUGGAGGGUAAAGCACAUGCAGCUAAAAUCAAAUCUGAAACGAGCCGCCCCUCGCUUUGAAUCAAUUUACCAGAAACACACAUUUCAAAUUGCAUUGCUUUCCAACAUCAGCCUUUAAUAAUUUAGUUUAUAUUGAUUAUAACUCUGCAUGAACUUCAACUGGAUUCAGACUCACUUUUCACUUAAUUCCACAAACAUCCGCCUUCUAUACUGUUUAAAUCUGCCAGUAGAUCUAAUCGGUGGAUUUAUUUACUGACUGAAUGAACAGAGAGGAAACGGUCUGAAGCCAUACUGAUGUCAGUUUGUUUUUUUUGUUUUUUUUUUUGUCCACUGGCAAUAAAGUACUGGAGAGACGCCA